GCUCGUAAUUCACUGCAGCCAUUUUAUUACACAUGAAGGAAUUAGAUCCCGUCACUUUCACAGUGGAAUUAGGCCGAUUCUAUGAAGCGACUCGCGGGUCUGGUGCGGUUUCUGUGACGAUGAAACGAAUGACCGCGCAUAGAUUGACUCGAGCGAAAAAAAUAUCCAAGAUGGUCCCAAAGUCGGCCGACAAAGUAUUAGAAACCAAAGUAGAUGAGGACGUACAAUACCCAACCCUUGUACGAGCCACCUACAAAGAUAAAAAGAUCAGUACCAUGGUAUCGCCAGACGAUUUUGAAAAGUUCCAAAAUGCUUACAGUACCGUUAUCAGAGCCUACAUGGAUGCAUUGAAGAAGAAAACCCGAACAAAGAAGGCCAAAAAGACAAAAUAAAUCUUGUAUAGCAACUCAUGAUUUUAUCAUUCACGACUCGCAAUCGCUACACUACUUUUUAAGUAUUGAAUAUAUUAAAUAGCCUUGAGUAGUGGCGCUGCCAUCCAUAUCAAAGGAAUAACAGGAGCAGUG